UUUACUCUAUGACCAACUGAUCAGGGAUUCUACCACAAAAACGGGCAAAUGUCUCAAAAUCCGAAAUUUUUUUUCCAGCCGAGCAAGCUGCUUAUCCUCUCCCUCAAAAUGCCUUGGAAUGAGGGCUACCUUCACCAGAGUCCAUAUAGUAACAGAACUACAGAGAACGAGAGUGUAUUAUAUAGUACACACAUUCCUACACAGGUGUAGCUGCACCACAAUACAAUACUUGAUCCGUAACACCACAAUAUGAUAGUGAAAACCAAACACUGUGUAUACUAGGAGAAGGUAUAUAGCACAUUUACUAAGAUAAUACACGUUUUACAAACCCAAGUUGGACAACAGUGACAAAUCGUCCAAUCAGGUCAUUUGG